AUGAACAAGUGCUCCCUGAGCCACCAAUCCCCUGACUGCCCUGAAUCAGGCACUGUGGUAAGGGCAAGAGUUCCCAGCUGGGCACACCCUGAAAUGCAUUUUCCCUCUCCUGUGGGUUUCCAGGCUAGCCCACAGAAGCCUGAUUCAUCCACAACCACACUGAAACAUAGAAUUAAUUCCAGCUAUACCCUGGGUGAGCUAGGCCAUUAUGGCAACCAAACCACCACUUACAGCAUUAUUUUGAUGGGAAAAUGUGUUCUGAGCUCCAAGCAACCAAAUUAUAAGUGGGACACAGGCACACCCAGGUUCGAAUCCCAGUUUUAA